CCUAAUGAACCUAACCCAAACGACCAGAUCAAAAAAUAAAACGGAAAUUAAAGGCCCUGCAUUUUAGUAUUUUGUAGGCCGGAGAAAAAUAAAUGCUGCUUCGUCUUCCUUGCUCAGAAGUUGCGAUCCGACCAGUCUCCCUCUUCCGUCAUUGCAGGACAAGAUUCAGUUUCAAAUGUGAAUUUGGGGUCAUGGGUCGUGCAUCCCUCCCUUCGAAAGCCGCUAAUUUUCGACUGUGCAAUGUGUCCGGUUGCGCCACUGAAUUGCUCGAAGUUCGCUCCGACGAUCCUGCAUUGCAUGUUCUGUUCAUUCCUGGGAAUCCAGGUAUAGUUACAUAUUACAAGGACUUGGUUGAGUCGCUAUAUGAUCAGUUGGGAGGAAGUGCAUCUGUUACAGCUGUUGGCCACAUAUCCCAUUCCAAAAAGGACUGGGAGAAUGGAAGGUUCUUCUCGUUGCAGGAGCAAAUUGACCAUAAGGUGGAGUUCAUGAGACAGGAAAUGCAAAAUACCAGAGCUCCUUUGUUACUGGUUGGGCACUCAAUCGGUUCAUAUAUCUCUAUGGAGAUCCUCCGGAAGUGCCCUGAGAAGGUCACGUAUUGUAUCGGACUAUAUCCAUUUCUGACAUUGAACCCAGGGUCCAUGAAGCAGUCUUUUAUUAAGAAUAUUUCAGCGUCCUCAAUCAUAUGUGCAGCUCUAAGCUUUGUCGUAGCAUCAUUGGGGUCAUUACCGAGCAGAUUUUCCCGGUUUAUUGUUGCAAACUCUCUCGGAAAAUCGUGGUCUCCAAUGGCAAUUGAGGCUACCUGCACUCAUUUGCUGCAGUAUCAUACAAUGCGGAAUAUGCUCUUCAUGGCAAUGACGGAAUUCAAACAGCUUUCAGAAGUAUCAGAUUGGGCAUUUCUGAGAGCAAACAGGGAAAAAAUCGCAUUUUUGUUUGGCCUCGAUGAUCACUGGGGCCCGCUGCAAACACUUGAAGAGAUAUCCAAGAAGAUCCCUGAAAUUACUUUAGCAAUUGAGAGGGAGGGCCAUACUCAUUCUUUCUGUUGCACAGAAGCUGGAUCAGUUUGGGUAGCUGAGCACAUUGCGAGCUUGAUCAAAGCCAGAAUAUUGAAUUCAAACCAACGGAUUUAAAUUUCAACAAAAUGACCUUGAUCCGAUAAUUAAGGAACCCCUUGCUGGUAAAACCAAUUUCACAGUGAUUUCAAGGAACUUGCAAUGGAAGUUCAUCGUUGUAGAGAAGGCACUUCGUGCAGGUUCGAGUCAGCUGUUUCAUUUGUUAACUUGCUUGCUGGGACUGACUGUCAAUCACUGUCAUAGGAUCCUCGACUCCCAUACCUGUACAAGCCGAAAUGGCUUAAUGUGUCUGUUCGAUGCCCUUGUGCUGCCACGCGGUGUGUCGAGUAAUUGAACAGAUCAGGUUUAGCUAUUGAAUUUGCCUGGUCAACUGUCAAAAAACGAACAGAGAACAUAUCAUUUUUUUUUUUUACUUUCAUCAACUUUUGGAUGAUAUGCUUCCGAACUGGCCUUUCUGGUUUUCCUUCCUUGCCAAUUUGCAGCAAUUAAUGUAAGCUUUGCCUUCACUCCA